AUGUGUAAAGGCAUUCCUAUUGAAAAAGUCUCCAGUGGUGAAGUCUCUGAGAAAGUACUGCAAAAUAAUGAUGGAGGGAAAAGCAAUACCGCCAAGAAUCUAAGUGUGUCAACUUCAAAUGGCACUUAUCAAAAAGUACAGUUGCACGACAAACAAAAGUAUGAGAGUACUGACCCGAGCAAAGAAAAUAUAGAGGAAUAUAAUUUAAAAUACCCAAAAACUCUUAAAAUUUUGAAGGAAAAUGAUUCAAAAAUUCCCAAAAGAAAUAACAAAGGAAGCGGGCGUUCCGAUGACGUUAAGAGCGUGAAAAAGAAUAGUAAGUCAGUCUCGGCAAAGGAUAAAAAAGAAUUGACCCCUUCAACACCGGCAAAGAAAAAGCAGAAGAGAACUAAAACUUUCAGGGGUUGUUAUACUUGCAGAAGAAGGAAGAUUGCAUGCGAUUUAGGAAGACCCGUGUGUGAAAGGUGCAGGAGAAGUGGAUAUGUUUGUGAGGGAUAUGAUGUUAAGCUAAGAUGGACGCUGCCCAUAGAAUUUGACAGAUAUGGCGAUCAGCUUCCCGCAAAGACCAGUCCAGAGUGCCCAUAUUUUCAAAGAAGAGCAAUUGAUUUCGUGGUAUACUCAGAUCACACCGCCUAUCACUAUUAUGAUGAGAUGGAUAAAGAUUUGGCAAAUCUGCACAACAUGUACAUUCCUUCAAUUACCACCAGAACAACAAUAUUAGGUCAUUUUGGUGCAUUUAGAGGAGUUGAUAUCUUAUCACUAGCUCCAAAACUCAGGAGAAAGGCAACUAGGGGAAUGAAAGGUUCAAAAUCAAAACUGCUACCAAUGGAUGGGAUGAGAGCACAAAGUAUCUCUAGUACGGUCAUCUCUGAUCAUCAAGAACAAGUACCAGGAACUCCUCGCUCCGUUACUAGUAUGUCUACGACUACAACUGGGUCUGCAGCACUGAAUCCGGGCCUGUCAAAUAGUAAUGGGUCAUAUGUUGGUGGCUUUAAUAAUGGCAACAUUGCACCCCCAGGUAAUGAAUGGCUAAGUAAUGAACUUUUGGAUGCUGCUCUUUUGACUGCAUCAGCUAUCAAUGGCGACACACAUUUCCUUGAUAUGCUUAAGCCAGGAGACAUUAAAGCCGAUGAUAUAGGCUUUGGAAAUUCUGCCAAUGGAACUGCAACUAAUGUGGAUGUAUCUCCAAAUACUGCCGGUUCAAACAAGAUAUCUAACGGCUCGAUUGUCAACUUAACGACACCAAAUUCCAGCAUUACCAGGGAUAGUGGUGGAAGAACUAACAUUAAGACGCACUCAAAAUGGAGAAUAUCAGCGCUAUCAAAAGCGAUCGGAAGUAGUAAAUUUAUUUCUGGCGGGAAGGAUUCAUCUGUUUGUUUCCCUGGACGAAAUCUUACAGAUUCAACUUUUAAUUCACAGGACGAGCAACUUGAUCGAAAUGACAGCGAGAAAGAUAAUGCCCAAAUUAAUAAUAUAGGAUUGGUGAAUAAUGAUAAAGUUUCAGAUAAUAUGCUACAUUUGCUAUUUCAGGGACGUAACUCCAAUAUGCCGACGGAUAAUGGCUCAAUAACAUCCAUAAGUGAGUCGACAAGCAAUGAAAACGCAAACGAUGAGCAAUAUAUUAAGGAUGACGGUGGCUCGACAGUUCAUACUGGAUACUCAAAUCAGAACUUUUCACGGUCUGACAAGCCAAUUGCUGGCAAGACUAUAAAAAUACAUGCUGGUUCUGGCGUAAAAAUGCCUAAAACUAUCAUGGAAAUUUUGAAGACGAAUCCGCUACCAAAGUCUCUUGCAAUAGAUCGCUUUGGGAUUCCUACAACAUCAUUAAAUGUUCAGCCCAUGGCACGAUAUCUUCUUAAUUAUUACAUAGAAGAUGUCGCUGAUAUGAUGACAGUUAUUCCAUUGCCAAAAAAUCCUUGGAAAUUUAUAUAUUUUCCUCGGGCUAUGAUGGCCAUAGGAGAACUUGCCGCCACUGGGCAAACAUCCAAUGCAAGGAACGGCCUCUUAAAUGCUUUAUUGGCAGUUUCUGCUUUCAAUUUGCAAAGCAAAUUUGAAAGGGGAUCAGAUGAAAUGAAAUAUUAUGUCAAUUUGGGUGUUCAACUUCGUCAACAAGCAAACAGCUUUUUAAAUAAAUGCCUCCAGGAAGAUAUAUUCAGACAGAAGUACAAGGAUGUUCUAUGUGCAGUGCUUUCAAUGGUUACAAUUGAUGUUGUAUGGGGAACACACUAUGCCUGUAAGAUACAUUUAGACCAUUGCGAAAAGAUUAUCGAAAAGAAGAUGAAAGUAAAAAAGAAAUUGUCACCCAAGGCAAUUAUCCUGCAUAGAAUUUUUUCAUCUUUGAAGUUGCUACAAGAUUCUACAUGUAUUGAUCAUGUUUCAAAAGAUGAAAUAUUUUUGAAUGAGAGUAAUUAUGAUAAGUUCAUAACGGGUGCAAAGCCCACUGCAGAACAAUUGGAAAAGUUUUUUAAUACACAUUUUCAUGAUAUGUUUAAAGGAAGUCAGCUCAGAAGGCAGUUUGCAAAAUCAACACAUGGAUCAAAUCCUAGGAGCAUUCAGGAUUCUUUCAGUAGUAUUUUUAAGAAGCAACAAAAUACAGUCUCACAAAGUAGACGAAAAAGAGUUGGAAAGUAUAACGAACGCAUCACUGAUAAUGGUAAAGUUACGAUUGAAUUCAUUAUGAAUAGUGAUGACGAAGGAGUGCAUCAUCCUCAUCACCAUCAUCAUUUGAGGAAAAAUAAUGAUACAAAUAACGCUGAUAAUGAAAGCGAUAAUGCUAGUACAGGUAUUGUUACAGAAGAGUCAUCUCAAGACGAGUCCCAGAAAGAAAAUCUGGAUGUGCCUGCAUUUAUUGGAAUUACAAGAUCAAGCUUUCAGCCUAGUAAGAAUAAAUUGGAUGAUAAAAUGGUUUCCUCCGAUGCUAUAUACGGGCUUCCAAAUUCGUUAAUUUUGAUGUUCAGUGAGGUUGUUCAUUUGACAAAAUUUAAAAGGUAUCAUACUGAAAAUGAUCUUCCAAUCCCCUCAUUUUUUGAGGGUUUAACGAUGCAGCUUGAGUACAAGUUGUUGACUUGGAAACUUGAAUGGAAACUUGCUGAGGCUGAUGAAGGUAAAUCAGUUAAUAAGGAUGAUGAUUCUAAGGAGGAUAAUGAUGCCAACAAUGCCGAUGAAACUUUAAAUCUCAAUGAAAAGAGUAUCAAUCAGCAGCGAAACUUUAUAUCCCCAAGACAUGAAGGAAUAUAUCAUCAUGUGAUGUCAUUCUACUAUGGACUCAUAAUAUAUUUUUACAGAUUCGUUGAAGAUAUGAACCCAAUGUAUCUACAAGACAAAGUCGAAAAAGUUCUCCGUCACCUUAAUGCUAUCCAAGAAAUUCUUCAAAAGCACCCGGAAACAUCUUAUAUUAUACCGUUGUUCUGGCAGGGUUUUAUGGCUGGUUCUGAAGCCAUGACUGUUUAUCUACAAAAUGGCUUUAAUCUUUGGGGUCAGCACAUAGCACAGACUGGUAUUGGUACAUAUUGGAAUGCACGGCAGAUAAUGAUGGAAAUAUGGCGGCGAAAGAAUCAUAAUGUCAAGAAUAAUACAUGGCAGUUUCCGAUAGAUUCAGGUGAGGCUGGGGUUAAAAAGCCUCCUAUAAACUACACACCCAAAAGUAUAAAGUCGUUCCAUGACACUCCAUUUGCAAAUUGGGAUAAUUUUACAAACAGCAUUAUUGAUGAAAGUGCUGGAGUUACGUUUGGGGAGAUUAAUAGAUUUGACGCCGAACAGCUUUCGCUACUAAAACAAAUUCUACAGAUGAAUUUCUUUAGGAUUUUUAGAUUAAAUCUUUUUAAGGAAUGUCCAUUUUGGUCUGGAAGCAGUGGAUUUUGUACCGAUAGAAGCUGUGCAGUUGAUACUAUAUCUGACUGGAAAGAUUUGCCGGAUAUUUGGCAACCAGAAGCUCUAGGAGCUUUGGCUAACGUUUCGGCAGCACCUAAAGUUCCAAAUGAUCAAAACAAAGAUUAUUGUGAGUUGGAUGAAAUUAAUGAUGAAACGGUGUUUGUUGACUUGAUAGAGAAUCCUGAAAGAUUUACAGGUUAUGGUGGUGAUCAAUCAUUUCAGAUUUGGAAGCUUAUCUAUUCGGAGAAUUGUUUCAAUCUGGGACAUGAUCAAUGCAUGGAAAAAAACUUCUUCUAUAAAUUGAUUAGUGGUAUGCAUGCAUCAAUCUCUACACAUCUCAGUCAUGGAUUCAUUGAUUUAAAAACAAAAGAAUAUGGUCCAAACCUACAACAAUUUAUGUUUCGGGUUGGAAAUUUCCCUGAUAGAAUAGAAAACAUUUACCUUAACUAUAUUCUUGUACUCAAAGCCCUAAUAAAGCUUGAAAGUUUGGGUAUAUUAGAUAGUCUUGAGUAUUGUGAUGAUGACCAUUUUAAUCAAAGCAGUACUGAAAUCAAGGUGGAACUUGGCGAGCUAAUCAAACCUUCUUAUCAGUUAGGUAAUGAUAAGGAAACAUGCCUAUUCGAUGAGAAUGGACUUUUUCAAAGCAGUAAUGCAGCAGAAAUUAAAGAUGAGUUCAAAGUUAAUUUCAGGAAUGUUUCCAAAUUGAUGGAUUGUGUGGGCUGUGACAGGUGUCGUCUGUGGGGAAAAAUUGAAACUAUUGGUUACGGUACUGCUCUUAAAGUUUUAUUUGAUUUGCAAGAUACCAAAAAUUUUGAGCCAUCUAGGUAUAACAUUUCGAAUGUUGAACUUGUUGCCUUGGUUAACACGUUUGGGGGUCUUUCUAAAUCCAUUGAAGCUGUUCAAGAAUUCAAGAGUAUGUAUGACAAAGCUCUUAUAGAGGAAACUACGGGCAAGAAAAAAGAGGAUGGUAAGAAGCACAUUCCUAAUAUGGACGUGUUUGAAAACAAGGAUGAAAUAGUAGACUUUACUAAUCCAAAGGUCUUCGAGUCUGCUGGUAGCGCUAGUCAAUCUUCAUCGGGGUAUGAUGACAUUGUUUUUCCUGAGCAAAGUCAUUCAAGCACAGUCAAGGAAGCAUUCUUUACGGAAUUGGAUAAUGUUUGGAAGACACUACAACUAAUUUUCCGUUCUUAUAAAGUGUUUCCGAAAAUUGCUUACAAUUGGUGUCUUAUUCGUAUCGUCUAUUAUUGGAACCGGUUUAUUGGUCAUGUUCAACAAGAUUUCGACGUAAAUAGGUUGUACCACGAAGAGUUAUAA